AUGUCCAUCAGGCCGCUGCCAGAGGAUGUCGUGGGCAAAAUCAGGUCCUCGUCGACCAUCACUUCGCUGAACGGCGUCGUCUGUGGCCUUCUCAAGAACUCUCUUGAUGCCGGCGCUACCAAGGUCAACAUCGUUGUUGAGUAUGGUCGCGGGAAUUGUAUCGUAGAAGAUAACGGGCUAGGCAUUGUGCCUGGCGAUUUCUCAGAAGAUGGAGGGCUUGGAAGAUCAUACUAUACAUCCAAAUUCCCACCCCAACAUGGACUCUAUGGCCGACAAGGAACGUUCCUGGCUUCACUGUCUUCACUGUCUCUCCUUACGAUCACGUCCCAUCAUUACCGUCACAACUCGCACAACUCCAUUUCGAUUCACCACGGCAAGCUGCUGAAGAGGCAGACGCCGUCUCCGGCCGGAGAGCGGUUCCACGCUUUUGACCACGGCACACGAAUCACUGUUAACGACCUAUUUGGCUCGCUUCCCGUACGCGUCAAGCAUCGUGCAACGCUCUUCUCGGACCGGCCUGGGCUUGACAAGGAAUGGGGGCGCCUCGUUCACGAUGUCGUCGGCUUGCUCGUAUCUUGGCCCUCUGGAGUCACCGUGUCCUUGCGUGAAACCAAGGGACAGCGCGAACUGCGCCUGAAGCCGCCGGACAAUGCAAACAUGGUCUCCAGGGCGUUGCGGUUCUUCACCCAAGCCUCACUCGCAGACUCUGGUGACGUAGAUUCCUGGGUGCCAGUAUCAGCGACCGCCGGCCACGUCACGAUCAAGGGGUGCAUUUCGCUGCAGCCUGUUGCCACGCGCCGAACUCAGUUUAUGAGCGUGGGGAUACUGCCUGUCUCGAACGAGUAUGGAAGUAAUGUUCUGUAUGAAGAAGUGAACAAGAUGUUUAAAGCUUCAAGCUUCGGAGGAGUUGAGCACCAAGAAGGCAUGGCCGUUGACGAGACGGGGCCCAACUCUCAGAAGAGGAGCAAGGGGGCGGAUCGAUGGCCCAUGUUUUAUCUUCGAAUCACACUGAAAGGGGCCGAGGAUGUUUUUAACAUGGACGAUAAUUCACGACACUCGCAGGGAGACCUUGAGAGAAUCAUAGGCGUAUUGAGAGCCGUCAUCUACAGCUUCUUGAACAAGCAUCACCUGCGCCCGCAAAAGAUUCAAUCUUCUUCAGACAAGUCUUUGUUUUCGACCGCGCCGCGACGUAGCUCAGCCCGGGCUCCCAAGGGACGUCAACCCGCGCCGGCUGCAACUUCAACAGCUUCAUCCUCGCAGAGUUUACCACCUGAUCCCACGCCAUCUCUACCAGACAGUCCUUUUGACGCCUGGGAUAGAGUCAAGGUCGGCCCUCGAACUGAGCGGCGGCCGACAACGGAGGUGACGCAGCAGCAUGAAACGAGAUCAAGUAGCUCAGAACCGGUUAUGACGGAUAGGCUGAUUGGCGAGGGAGGAAGGCUGCUCCGCAAACCUUUUGAUCUUUCAGACCCCGUCAGUCCAGGCGUCAAGGGCAGAAAGCUUGACGACGCCGGUACGCAGAGUGAGCCCGAGAUGGCCUCCAUGACACUGGCCGAGCGUACAAAAAGAGCGGCAGAAGACUUGACACGUGCGGAGGUAAAACGUCCGAGGAAGCCACCAAGCGAGUGGCUGCAGAGCAUCCUCAAGUCGUGGAACAACCCCGUGUUUGAACCGACUCAGCCUUGCGUGCCACGCAUCAACGACGACGCACCAGCGCCAAUGCGUGAUGCGGCAACAACUCUCGGCUCGCGUCGAUGCUGCGCCGACGACAACGGAGGGGUCCGCUUCGAGGCUGCGUCCAUGGGCUUGCAGGGUCGGGUGUCGCGAUCGGCGUUGGCAGAGGCGGAAGUCGUCGCACAGGUUGACAGGAAGUUCAUCCUGCUGAAACUUCCCCUGCGCAACGUGACGGACGGGCGAGAGCCGAGCAGCUCGUGCGCCCUUGUGAUGCUCGAUCAGCAUGCUGCGGACGAGAGGUGUCGCCUGGAGGAGCUCACGGCGGGCUAUUUCACGCAGGACAGUUCUGCUGGAGUCACCAGAGCGGUCGUCGAGGCUCUUGACAAACCCCUGAUAUUUGAGGUCUCGGAGCGGGAACAGGAACUGCUAUCGCGGUAUCAAGAGCAUCUCCAAGCGUGGGGUAUUCACUGUAGGAUUGAGCGCCGAACAAGACCUUUGAAAGAAGCGCAGGAUGGGUGCACGGUGAUGGUGACUGCUCUCCCCCCAAGCAUACUCCAGCGCUGCCGCACCGAGCCGCGGCUUUUGGUGGAGCUCUUGCGCAAGGAGAUCUGGAGGCUCAAUGACGAGGGGAUUAUCCCUGCGCGGCCGCACAGCGGCGGUGAUGCAGAUGGAAGGCCCACGGCGGAUUUGCGUGGGUGUCCGAGAGGGAUCCUGGAGCUGUUGCACUCGAGGGCUUGUGCCAUCAUGUUUAAUGAUGCCCUUUCGGCGGAAGAGUGCGAGGGGCUCGUGAGGCGGCUUGCGAGAUGCGCGUUUCCUUUCCAGUGCGCGCAUGGGAGGCCGAGUCUGGUGCCGCUGGUUGAUUUGGGAGGGGCUCGCGGGAGGGGAUGGGAUGGGGAUGGGAGUGUUGAUGUGAGGAGGUGGAAGAGGUGGAUGGGGGAAUGA